AUGUCAAAUGACAAAACUCCGCUAGUUUUGUGCGAAGUUUGCGUGCGACAAAUCUCUGGAGACGCGGAGGAAGUGACAAAAUGCGAAAAUUCUUUCGAAUGUCAGCUUUGCUUCGGGAUUAUGGAUCAGGCAAUGAUUGAUGAGGUCGGCGAAAAAGUGCAAGAAGAGCUCUCCAAGCUGCCCUACGACUCGAUGAGCUUCAUUUUGGCGUUGAAUUUGCCCGUUGGACAGACUUUAAGGGAGAUUCUAGUAAGCCGUCUCCGACCGGAUUUCAAUGGGACACUGGCUUCUGUUCCGUAUAAAGUGCGAAAUAUUGAUGGAUAUUUGAAGAAAUUGGGCUCUUAUUCCGGAAAACGACCAACUCUGAGCUCAGAUCUCCAGCUUAUGAUCACUUUUGAGCAGGAGGAAUCGAAUUUUUCGGAUCUACAAUUUCUUCAAAAUCAAUUUCCGAACGAUUUUCGUGUUGGAAAACGUGGAAGAUAUAAUAAUAAUCAAGAAGCGCCGUCGAGUGUAUCAAAACAGCAAUUACAGCAGGUCACUGGCAGGAUUAACGAGCAAAUUGCAAAAAAGUACAUCUUCAAAUCGCCAACCCGUAAAUGCACAUUUCAACUUCAAUUCGAACGAGAUCCAGUAUACAUUGCUGGAAGAUAUUGUAAAUAUUCAAGAUGUCUACCACAAUCACCGUGGAGUGAGGAUAAAGAUGCUCCGAGAGAGCCCGGAAAUUCGGUUUCCGAAAAAGUGUGUGACCUCCUGAAAAAGCAAUUCGGAGCCAGUGAUAGUCGAUUCGUGACGUCAGGACGUGAGGAUAUUGACGUCAGAAUGCUCGGAACCGGCCGCCCAUUUGUCGUUGAGCUCCGAAAUUGUAGAACGACGGCUCCAGUGAGAGGAAUCAAGUAUUUGGAGACACUGAAGACGGUUCAGGAGGCUAUAAAUGUACAGAAGGAUGUGAAAGUCGUGUCGCUGACCAGAGUUCCACGGGAUGUUUCUGAGAAGCUGUGUGUUGGAGAAGAAGACAAACGAAAGCAAUAUUGUGCCUACUGCUACAGUAUUCUCCCAAUUUCUGACUCCCAAUUCACCGCUGCUCAAUCGAAAAUCCCGCUGAAAAUUGUUCAAAAGACGCCAGUUCGUGUGAUGAAGCGUCGAGCUCUACUCGACAGAGAACGAUGGAUUUAUUCGAUGAAUUUCUUAAAAUUGGACGAUCACCACUUUGAAGUUCGUCUCGAGACCCAAGCAGGAACAUAUAUCAAGGAAUUUGUUCACGGAGAUUUUGGAAGGACGAGGCCUUCGCUUGCCGAGCUCCUUGACGUUGAGCACGGAGAAGUUGAUAUUUUGGAGCUGGAUGUGGAGAAAGUUGAUUUGGAAUGGCCACCGGAGCUUAAGGAUGGACAGGAGCCCGUUAAAUUUCGAUAGAAAAUAUUGAAAUUGAAAAUUUCGCACAGAAAUUUUGAAUUUUUGAGAAAAAUGUUUGAAAGGGCAAAAAAAAAAAAAUUUUCCUGAUAAUUCAAAAAAAAUCUGAAAAUUCAGAAAAAUUUGGUUUUUAUAGGAUUUUUCAAUUUUCAAAUUUUUUUUGGAUUUUUUCCAGAAAAGUUAUGAAAAAUCUAGAUUUUUUCGGUUUUUUUAAAUAAAAAUUAGCUCAAAAACUUCAUUUUUAACGCAUUUUUCUUCUAAAAAAUUCAGCGAAAAAAUCUGAAAUUUCCUAGUAAUUUUACAGAAAAAAUAUGAAUUUUUCACAGAAAAUUCCGAAAGAUUAGAUAUUUUUCUAGAAAAAUUGGAAAAAAAAUUCGCACAAAAAAUUCAGUUUUAACGCAUUUUUCUUCUAAAAAUUCAAAGAAAAAAUACGAAAUUUCCUAUUAAUUUUACCAAAAAACUUGAAUUUUUAAAGAAAAUUCCGAAAAAUCUGAUUUUUGUUUGAAAUUGAGCAAGCCAUUUUUCUUUCCAAAAUUUGAAAAAAAAACGCUCGAAAUUCCUAAUUUCUCACCAAAAUUUCUCGUUUUUUCUUCUCAAUUUCCCAAAAAAUCCUAUUUCUGACUAGAAUCGCCGGCGUUUUUCGGUUUUUAAGCUUGAAAAAUGUGCAAAAAUCCAUUUUUUCGGAACAAAAUUUCACUUUUUCGGCAUUUUUUGGUCCAAAAAUUCGCAAUUUUGAAGCAAUUUUUUGAUGGAAAUCCUGUGAAACCCCGGAUUUUUUCGGUGAAAAUUGCGGUAUUUUACGAAUUUUCGCGAAAAAAAAUGGUGAAAUACGUGAAAUUCUGAACUUUUUGUGGCAGAUUUUUGAGUUAAAAUUGCAAAAUUUGGUGGUUUUUCCUAAAUUUUUCUAUAAAAUUUCCAAAUAAAAUCGACUUUUUUUGAAAUUUAAUUCAAAAUUCGUCAUUUUAGGCAAAAAAAAAUCAAUCCUAUUUCCGACUAAAAUUGCCGGCGUUUUUCGGUUUUUAAGCUUGAAAAAUGUGCAAAAAUCCAUUUUUUCUGAGCAAAAUUUCUCGUUUUUCGGCAUUUUUUGGCCCAAAAAUUCGCAAUUUUGAAGCAAUUUUCCCCCAUUUUUUGUUAUUUAAUUGUUGAUUUUUCCCCCCACCAUUGUUGUUAUUUAUUUCAUUUUUAAACAUUU